GUCUCUUUAACAAACGGAAUAACAACCUCGAAUAUAUUACGAUAAACCCCAUAAAUACAACCAUUAAAAAUAUUCUCUCUACUUUACAUUAAACAUUUCCAGAAACAAUGAUAUCUCUCUACCGUAAGUUUGGAACAUGACGAUAAUCAUAAUGACUUACAAAGUGGAUGGAAGCAUACAUUUAAUGCAUUUUCGUACUUUCUUACAUCCGGUGGUCGUAACAUACAUACGAGGUGUAUUUUCCGAACUUGUAGGAAAGGCCCGAGAAGUUGCGAUCGUGUACACAGAUGAAGAAAAACAUGACGGCACGAUAAACCUUUUAUUUACUUACACGAUUUCUUAGAGAUUUCUUUUAUCAUAGAUGAAGAUAUCAGCAGAAUGUCAGGAAAAGAGAAAAUUGAGAUAGACGAGGACACAGAAAUGCCGUCCAGGGCCUGGGAGGGGAUUCGUGUCCACCAGCAGUACAUUAAGGGCCCCCACCUAGACCCCAGCACCCCUAUAACAGAAGACAAAAUUCGCUUUGUAUGUAUAUCUGACACUCAUGGAAAGAUUGAGAGGUCACCAUUAUGCAUGCCUCCGGGAGACGUACUGCUCCACGCCGGUGACUUUACUAUGAGAGGACAGAUGAAAGAAAUUGAAAAAUUUGAUUCAUACUUAGGUUAUCUUCCAUAUAAAGUAAAGGUGGUGAUUGCUGGGAACCACGAUUUAACCUUAGAUGAUGACCUCAGUCAAUUAAACAUGGAGUCUUUUGGAAUUUCAAAAUCUGAUAUUAAGACACACCUUAAAUCUAAAGGAAUAAAGUCUGUCAAGCAGAUGUUAAGCCAUGCUGUGUACCUACAAGAUUCCUCUGUCAGUAUAUGUGGAAUUAAGAUCUACGGUUCUCCCUGGUUUUGUUUGUCAGGACACGGUGAUAUAUCGGGAGGUGACAACAAUUCAGGCUGUGUGGAACUCCUCAAUACAGUACAAAAGCGAGUUAAACCAAAGUAUCAUGUGUUUGGACAUAUUCAUGAGGGGUAUGGAGUGACCUCAGAUGGAUAUACAGUGUUUAUAAAUGCCUCAAUCUGUAACAAGAAAUAUCAAGCCACAAACCCACCAAUUGUGUUUGACUAUGCCAUUCCAGAGGGACAUAAUAAAGAAGAGCUUUUGUACAUGGACAAAGAUUUCUGAUAGUGACAUCCAUUCUUACUCGUAUUUUCAUGAAGGUUUGUUCAAAAUUAUCAGGAAUAUAUAGUCCGGUCCUUUUUCAACAAACCAAAUAUUCUGAGACAAUGUGUUACAUUGUACAUGAAUAUGUAUAAAAUUGAUUACCAUGUUCAUUGAAUAUUUACCAUGUUCGGAAAUUAAUCAUAGGCUGUGAUAGUUCUCUAAAAAAUUAUCUACGUGUAUUUAUAUUUGUUUUGGUUGCUUUUUCUUGUAUUUCAUAUUGAAAAUGUUUUGAAUAAAAUCGAGUGCAAAGAGAGAGAAGGAAAAGAGAGAAAGAAAAUCCGAAAGGAAGUACAAAAUGUGUCUGUAGUAUUUCAUUAUUUAUUUUUUUGUUACAACAAAUGUUUUGCUCCCACAGCCAUAUUGAAAAUGUUUUGAAUAAAAUCGAGUGCAAAGAGAGAGAAGGGAGAGAGAGAGAAAGAAAAUCCGAAAGGAAGUACAAAACGUAUUUGUAGUAUUUCAUUAUUUUUUUUGUUACAACAAAUAUUUUGCUACCACAGUCCACGGAUAUAUUUUGCUUUUGUCUUAUUUUUUUCUACCAAUCAUUAUUACAUUUUUGUGCAUAUUUUAAGCAUAUUCAAUUUUAUAGAGAGAAAAAAUAAUACUCUAAGGGUCAAUUUGUAAAUUGUAAACUGUUUCUUAUCAUGUAACAAUUUUUAGUCACUUUAGUUUUACUGUUUUUUCAGAAAUCUCGUGGUGUUAGAACAUGUUGUUCUCUAGGUGUAGAACCGUAGCUCUAUAAGAAAAUAUUGGAACAAAUCAACCAACGAAAUUAUUUGAACCUGUGAGUUUUCGUGUCGUAUGGAGCUAUACUGAAUAUUUGAAGGUACAUUUGGACACAAGGAUAGUGGGGAAAUAUGUUGGGACACUUUUGUUAUUAAAUUCAUGAGACGGCGAUGCAAUAAAGUAGCAAUAUAAAGCUUCAA